CACUUUUAAAGAUCUAUUUUCCUUCAUAAUCAAUGUGACAUCCCUGUACGCGUCCUCUGUCUAUAUAUGGAUCGAGGAGGACGGAGUAGCACACAUAUCUGCUCGCGUCUCUGUGUGUUUUCUCCUCCUUGGGAUCAUAAUCAUAGAGCGGUGCGUGCCAGCAGGACAGGAAGAGAGCGGAGACGAUGCUGGAAGGGAAGGCGAUGGUGGAGGACACCGACAUGCCGGUGAAGAUGCAGGCGCAGGCGAUGUCGGCGGCGUCCAGGGCCCUCGACCGCUUCGACGUCCUCGACUGCCGGAGCAUCGCGGCUCACAUCAAGAAGGAGUUUGACACGAUCCAUGGCCCGGGAUGGCAAUGCGUCGUGGGCUCCAGCUUCGGCUGCUACUUCACGCACAGCAAAGGAAGCUUCAUCUACUUCAGGCUGGAGUCGCUCAGGUUCCUCGUCUUCAAAGGGGCAGCAGCGUAACAGCUAGCAAUCACGGCCUUAUUCUUGUGCCGCUCCGGUCUUGAUGUCGACGAGACGGCAGCUAGUGUGAAUGUCAAAAUGUACUCGCAGGAUAAGAUGCAACGCAGUGGGAGAUUGCAAGUAGGGUGUGGGUAUUUAUUAUUUUUUUUUGGAGAAAAUACGCAUGCGUAUAUGAAAUUCAUACGGAUGAAUUGAUUCAAAAUUGGAAUGCGAAUGAAUUGUUGAAAUUAUAGGGGAUCACGGUAAGGAAUUCUUGGCAGCAAGCAGAUCCAAUAGGAUCAGACCUGCACACCGCAGUCCAUAUUUGUAAUGAAUUUUUUAAAAAAAUAAGCAAAAAAAAUUCCGA